CAUAUUUUCCCUUUCAUGACUAAUGUCCCUGAGCCAAGUUUUUCUACUCUCCAUACUUAUCUUCUUAGACGGAAGGGAAAUACUCAAAUACAUACAAGAAAACAUUGUUUGUUUUGAGCCAUCAUAUCAAUGGGUUCUACUACACCCGUGAAACACAUAUCGGAAUGCUUUAUCAAACCGUUACACAACCUCUCACCAGAGGCUAAACAGCCGUUCCAUUUCACAGCCUUUGAGCUACCAUUGCUCAACGUCCGAUACAGCCAAAAAGGUCUCCUUUUCGCUAAACCAUCACCACCCGAAAUUCAAGAUUUCUCUAUAUCCGCUUUCUUAGAUGACCUCAAACACUCCUUAUCCGCGACCCUCGAUCAUUUCUAUCCGCUCGCAGCCCGUUUCGCUACUCAAAUUAAAGAAAACCCCGCUUCUUAUGUUAUUUACUUAGACCCCGAAAACAUCCAAGGUGUUAAGUUUAUUUACGCAAAGGCGGAUAAUGCUACUAUAUCCGACAUACUUAGCCCGAUAGACGUACCGUCUAUCGUUCGUUCGUUUUUUGAUCUUAAUGAUGCCAUCAACCAUGAUGGUCACACAAUUCCUUUGUUGUCUAUUCAAGUAACGGAACUUGUAGACGGGAUCUUUAUCGCUGGCUCGGUUAACCACUUAGUCGCGGACGGUACAUCUUUUUGGCAUUUCAUGUCUACUUGGAGCGAGAUAUUUAGAUCAAAAAACCAAUAUAAUGGCUCGAUUUCUCGUCCUCCGGUUUUUAGACCGUCCGUUACUCCUAUAAGUCUCCCAUAUACCCACGAAAACCAGUUUCUCGACCGAUUCGAUCCUCCACCAUUUCAAGAAAGAUUUUUUCAUUUCUCGCCCAUUUCCAUUUCUAAACUCAAAGCGAAAGCAAAUUCGGAAUGCGAAACGAAUAAAAUCUCGAGUUUACAAGCAGUGGUUGCCGUUUUAUGGAGGUGUAUAACCCGUGUGAAACGAAUACCACAAGAUAGUGAAACCAAGUGUAGUUUAAUGAUAAGUAACCGUCGUAGAUUAAACCCGCCUUUAUCUGAUGAUUAUUUUGGUAACCCGGUUCAUGUCGUUAGGGCCAUAACAACCGUCAAAGAAUUGACAGUUAACGGGCUGGGUUGGGCGGCUUUGCAGUUACACAAAGCCGUAAUGGACCACGAUGAUAAGGCAAUUAAGGAAAGUAUAGAGUCUUGGGUCAAAAGCCCCGUGAUAUAUAAAAUGGGGGAAAUGUUUGACCCGAAUUUAGUACAUAUUGGGAGUUCCCCACGGUUUGAUAUGUACGGAGUUGAAUUCGGGUUGGGGAAACCAAUAGCGGCUCGAAGUGGGAUCGCGAACAAGGGUGAUGGCAAGAUAACGAUGUAUCCUGGACCGGAGGGCGGUGGGAGCAUGGACGUCGAAGUUUGCCUUUUCCCCGAAUAUAUGAUGGGUUUAGAUCGUGACGACGAGUUCGUAAGUGCUGUAACGAGUUAAUAAUAUUGGGUAAAAGUGUAACUUUUGUUUUGGUCAUGUAUUCUCUAGUCCAAAAUGGUUAUUAUCAUCAUUAAAAUAAGAGGCUUUAUGCAAAUAUUUGUUCUCUCA